AUGGCCAUUACCAGUCGUGACCAAGUCUCAUCAAUGACAACAGCGCUGCCCGUCACUACCGCCGAGGUCGAGAGUCAUCCCGUUCCGGUGUCAAGCAAAGCCGACGAGGCCGGUGCCGACAGGUCGCAGCAUGGAACCUUGGUCGUUGCUUUCAACGAGCCCUUCGAUGCCUCGAACCCAAAGCAAUGGCCUCGAAGGCGCAAAUGGGCCGUGACAAACGUCUUGUCGGCCUCGGGCUUCAACCGCAUCCUCGUGUCGACUAUUAUGGCACCCGCGUUGCCCAUUAUCGCCUCGGAAUUCGACAUGAGCUCCGCCGAGGCGGCCAUGGCACUGUCCAUCUAUGUGCUUGCCACCGCCUUCGGGCCUCUAUUUAUCGGCCCAUUGACCGAGCGAUUCUUGAUAGCUGCUCGUUUCCUUGCUGGCUUCGGGGCAAGUUCCAUUUAUGCGCUCGCCGGGGGCGUUUUGGGGGACGUCUGCGCCGUCAUCGCUGCCUUUAACUACGGCAUCCUCUACAUCGUCCUGACCUCCUUUGCCCACCUUUGGGUAUCGCAAUACCGAAUGUCUGUGGAACUGAGCGGCAUGCACUAUAUUGCUUGUGCCCUCGGCGAGCUUGUAGGUGCGCAGAUUGGUGGCCCCCUGAUUGACUGGUCGUAUCGUCGCAAGCUUGCCAGGUCUCCUGAGCAUCUACCCGAGUUUCGUGUCCCGCUGAUUUUCCCGGGAGCCAUCAUCUCUUGCCUUGGUCUGUUCGUGUACGGAUGGGCCGCGCAAUAUCAUGUCCAUUGGCUCGCGGUCGAUGUGGGCAUCUUCAUGUCAAUGUUUGGCAUGCAGCUCAUGGGCUUGCCGCUGAAGGCCUACGUCAUGGACUCAUAUCCCGAUCAUACCGGCAGUGCUCUCGCCGCCUCGCAAUUUCUCGAGAGCUUAACGGCAUUUCUCUUCCCGCUCUUUGCCCCAAGCAUGUAUGACGCUCUCGGAUACGGCUGGGGCAACAGCACUCUCGCCUUUGCGGGGCUCGUGUUCGGGGUCCCGACUCCUCUGAUCCUGUGGUUCUUUGGCGCCAGGCUGCGAAAGAGGGCCCAAUCAAGCUACUAG